CGAUCUAAAAAACCAGUUAGAUAGCUUUUUUUUUUUAAAAAAAAGCAAACCCAAAACAUGUUAAUUUGUUCGAAAGAACUCUGUAAAAAGAAUUGAACAUGGGCUUGACGUCUGGAAGUGCUUUUUAUUGUUAUUCUUACUAAUAUCGUAAUAUGUUUGCUGCUGCAACCAAAAACUUUGUUAAACAGGUUGGUGAUGGAGGAAGACUAGUUCCAGUGCCCAGUCUUAGUGAAGCUGAUAAAUACCAACCUCUGAGCCUUGUGAUUAAGAAAAGAAAAUGCUUGCUUUCAAAAAAAUCUAGGUUUGCUUCAACACCUUUCACAUUAAAAGACAUACUUCAAGGGGAGAAAGAAAUUUCUGCAGGUGUCUCAUCUUACCAGCUGCUCAACUAUGAAGACAAAUCAGAUGUUUCGCUUAACGGUAGAAGAGGAAAUCAGAUAAUGAAUGAUGUCGGUUUUGAUGUUGCUGGAUCAGAUUCUGUUGCCUUUAAAGCUUCAUUUGGCAUAGUGACCAAACAUGAAGUUGAAGUACCAACAUUACUUAAAGAACUUACUACAAGAAAAAUAAACUUUGAUCAUUGUCUAGUCCAUCAAUCAAGAAAAAGUAGGAUGGAAAUUUUGUGCGUGGUCAUGGAAAGUAUUAGAACUACAAGGCAGUGCUCUUUAACUGUCCAUACUGGAAUGCGUGGAGAGACAAUGAGGUUUCACAUUAUUGAAGAUCAGAAUUACAAAGGGCGGGACAAAGCCAUUGUUUUUCCUGCGCAUACAACUAUUGCUUUUAGUGUAUUUGAACUUUAUAUUCAUUUGGAUGGUAAUUUUGAACUCUGUGUGACUCCAAUUUCAAAAGGAGGAUUUGAAAAAGAGAAAUCUGGAUCAUCUUCCCUGACCAAAUUAAGGAGGUUAAAGACUAAUCUGUUUCAUCGAAAUAAAAGAGUAGUGGAUAUCAUUGCUAAUUCUGAUGCUUACUUGGAGGACAUUUUUACAGAUUAUUAUGAAAAAGCUGCGAGCAUGACUGACCUCUCUACAAGCUAUCUCAGAGAAGGGUCUCAUAUCCGAAUUAAUUUACUUAAUAACAACAUCCCCAAAGGUCCCUGUGUCCUUUGUGGAAUGGGAAGUUCUAAAAGGGAGACAGUCUAUGGAUGUCUAGAGUGCUCUUUUAAUGGACAAAAGUAUGUACGCCUGCAUGCUGUGCCCUGUUUUGACCUCUGGCAUAAGAGAGUAAAGUAACUGAGCGAGGUAAGUGCCUACUGUCACAGACAUGGGCAUAACUGUGCCACAAACUUUUCAGAAUUGGUAUGACUCAAAUUGUUGAAAUGCAAAAUAGUGGAAGUGCAAAACAUUUUAUUACACUAUUAUCUUCAAAUUAUUUGCUUCAUAGUCAAUGACCUUUUGCCUGAAAAUGCCCUUGUGCAUUCCCUGAUAUUGCUUUUCUUCUAACUCUCUCAUUAUCAUAAUAAAAAAUGUACUUUUAAACUGAAUUUUCAGAAUGUCACAAUAUACGCUAGAACUUACUUUGUUUACACAAACUUGGUGUUAAACCCCAAAAUGUUGCCCUUAUCUACACUGGCAUAUGAUGGUAAAAUGAGAAUAUUUGUUAAUAAUUUAGUGUUCUCAUGAAUGUUUAAUUGAAGGAUCAGAUUAAAAAACAUUCUAAAACUUAGCUCAGUCUAAUGUUUCAUUUACAAAAGGGAACAACUAAAAUUAGGGGAUAGGCAUUUCAUAUUAGGAUGCCGUUACCAUAUGUCAACAGUUUAUUUGGAUUACUAAAAAGUACCAGCCAGUCCACCUGCUGCAUUUGAAGUCACAGCUGCUCUUGACUUUCUUUUAUGUGUUCAGGAAAAAACUGCUUAUCAGAAAAUGUUUUGGAAUUUUACGAAAAUUAACAGAACUACAUCCUUCCAACUAGACUUCAGGGGUGAAGAUCUUCAACCAGUAGAUCUCAACCACAGAAAACUGUCUGUUGAGAAUAUAAACACCAGAGGGCACUACAGAAUUGCGUCCAAUACUAAGAUUGGAGUGCUGUUGGUUGAAGCUCUCCCCACGCUAUUUUAAAUUGAGAAAACAAUUAAAAAAUGUUUUUCUACCUUUUGGAAUGAUUUUAAGGAUAAACAAGGUAAGGAAGCUUUCUUAUUUGUGCUGCCACUUUCACUGUGUCCAUCUGAUUACAUGAUGAAAUAAAUACAGCCACUGCUUUUCACAUGAAAAGAGUAAAGUAUAUUACACAAGUAGUAUGAUGACAUCUGCAUGAGCAGAACACUUAAUGAGCCUGAAAUACUAUUAACUAUUGCUGCUACUUUGCAUUUUUCCAAAGUGAGUGAAACCAGAAUGAUGCCCAAAUAAUUAUUUAAGUUUAUACAGAGUAUCUCCCCUCAUCUUCCAUCUCAUCCAGAUAAAUCACAACAGUGCAGAUUUUCAACUUGGUGCUGCUGAAUAAACUGGCUAAUUUAGUAAUUUUACCAAGUCAAAGUUUAAAAAUCUGCUUAUAAUAAUGCUUUUUUUCAAGAACACCAAAUAAUUCAUCUUAAUGUUACAUCAAAUAGGUUAUUUUAAGUUGCUAUAAAAACAUUUAUGUUUUUAUCCUGACAUUCCAUAGCCAGUGUUCAUUUAUUUAUUUAUUUAUUUAUUUAUUUUAUAGUUAAAUUUGCUGCAAACAGCAAUUUCUCAAGAAGCUAGCCUAGGAGCCUGCAAAAGUUUAAUGGAGUUACCUUCCCAUGAUUCUGUUUUCUCUUUUAUUGCACAGGGGACUGAAAAGUUAUGUCCUAACUA